AUGACCACUGAACAGAUCCAGCAGCCACAGGCGCUUGCCACGAGGAGCUACGAGAUGAUCAGCUUCACCGGUACCUGCAACAUUCGUGGCCGUCGAGGACAGCGCAUCGACUUGAUUGCUCGACGGGGUGACAUCUUGGAGGUUAUCUUCCCAACUCCAUCUGGACGUCACAUGGUUCGUUUCAGCAUGAACAGCAAGUACGUUACUAUUUACUGGGCUGAAAACACCGGAUCAAUGAUCUUGUACGUCAAUGACAAGAAUUCUCCUUCCGGGUAUCCAGAAGUUAACUUCCGUGCCGCCAGCAGUGAAACCUGGCUUCCUUUCUCUGACGACGAAAACAUGCAUACCGAUCUCGCCCGACUCCUCGAAACCCAGUCCUUCGGAGCCAACAGGUUGAUCGCACUAUACUGGAACCGCUACAACAAUCACUUCGAUCACAAGCCUUUUCGUAAGGCCAUCUGUCACACUAAAUGGCAGAAUGUCGCGUCGCUCGAGCUCCGUCGUAGGUGUCAACAUAUGAUGGCGGAUGCUGUAAUGACCUUUGACCAUUACUUCAAGGGUCUCCCUGCUGCCGGAGCCGGUCCUUCUACCGCUCCUCGCACCGCCGCUGCUAGAGCCGGUGCCGCUAAUACAGCCAUUGCGAAAGCUCCCGUCGGUGCCACUACUGCUAAAGCUUCCACCGGUGCCACCAUUCCCGCCACUGGUAACGCUCCUGGGGCCACUAAUGCCCCAACUGGUACCAAAACUGUUGCUACUUCUACUGUUCCAGUCGGUAAAAACACUAUGGUUACCACUAACGCUCCCACCACUGGGGCCAAUACUGUCGCUGCUGCUCAAUCUAGUGCCACCAAUUCUGCUGGCCCGAGCACCUCAUCAGCUACCAUGCAAGAUCCUCCACCAAUGGAGCCAAAGUGCCCAGUAACCUGGUACCCGGUGACAUUGGCGCACUUGAUCAAGAUCGAGUCUUGGGGAAAUAGCGUCUCGUCCCCCAUCACUCCUAAGGUCCCCGGGACCAUUAGACCACCUGCGGUAUUCCACUUCGACGACUCGGACCCGUUUGCCAGCACUCCAAGCGGGAACAAAGUUGACAGCGUCGCCGGAGCCUCGUCAAUGGCUCCUCAAACUGUUUCGCCAGCUGCGACUAUUAAGGGGACCGCAGCCCAAGGACAAGCUCGUGGACGAAUUCCUGCUCCGCCACCAUUGCCACCCCUCUCGCCAGAGCUCGUUGCCCGUCUUUCCGCCAUUCCAAAGGAAACGAGGGCUGCCACUGUUGAGGCUACGGGGAGCAUUUCGGACACCGAGAGUGUCGACGUCCGGACCCUUACGGACGAGCAGGUCCGCCACAUCCUCGAGUGGCAGGAAGGGCUCGCCCGAGCCGAAGCCGAGGCCGAGGCCCCGCUUCCCGGCGCUUCCUCCGGGAUGCUGAUUGACUUCGGAGGCGACUCCGAAGUCUCGGCCCCCGAGGGAGAGGCCUGGGGCGGGCGUCUCUACGCCGAGGCGCAGGAUGACGCCGCCUCCGAGCUUGCUGGUCUGGAGUUCCGCACUUUCUAG